GGCGGCGUCGGCGUGAUGGGGCUGAGGGCUGCGGCGGAGUAGCCGCGGCGUGUGGUCGUGUGGACCUCGCUGUCUGUUCCGACGGCUCGGGUCUCGGGGUCUUUGAGAGCCGUCGGAGGGUGCGGAGAGAGCCUAGGAUCGCCGUCCGCCGCCAGUCCCCGGCAUGUCGGCCGAGGCUUCGGGCCCGGCGGCGGCCGAGGCCCCGUCCCUGGAAGCCCCCAAGCCCUCGGGUCUCGAGCCUGGCUCCGCCGCCUACGGUCUCAAGCCGCUCACCCCGAACAGCAAGUACGUGAAGCUGAAUGUGGGCGGCUCGCUGCACUACACCACGCUGCGCACCCUCACGGGACAGGACACCAUGCUCAAAGCCAUGUUCAGCGGCCGCGCGGAGGUGCUCACUGACGCGGGAGGUUGGGUGCUGAUUGACCGGAGCGGCCGCCACUUUGGUACAAUCCUCAACUACCUGCGGGAUGGGUCCGUGCCACUGCCUGAUAAUACCAGAGAACUGGGGGAGCUACUAGGCGAAGCACGCUACUACCUGGUACAGGGUCUGAUUGAGGACUGCCAGCUAGCAUUGCAGCAAAAAAGGGAGAACCUGUCCCCGCUGUGCCUCAUCCCCACGGUGACAUCUCCCCGGGAGGAGCAGCAGCUCCUGGCCAGCACCUCUAAGCCCGUGGUGAAGCUCCUGCACAACCGCAGUAACAACAAGUAUUCCUACACCAGCACUUCGGAUGACAACCUCCUUAAGAACAUUGAGCUGUUUGACAAACUGGCCCUGCGCUUCCACGGGCGGCUGCUUUUCCUCAAGGAUGUACUGGGGGACGAGAUCUGCUGUUGGUCCUUCUACGGGCAGGGCCGCAAAAUCGCCGAGGUGUGCUGCACCUCCAUUGUCUAUGCCACGGAGAAGAAGCAGACCAAGGUGGAAUUCCCAGAGGCCCGGAUCUUUGAAGAGACCUUGAACAUCCUGAUCUACGAGACUCCCCGGGGCCCAGACCCAGCCCUCCUGGAGGCCACAGGGGGUGCAGCCGGAGGUGGUGGGGCAAGCCGAGGGGAGGACGAGGACAACCGUGAGCACCGGGUCCGCAGGAUCCACGUCCGGCGCCACAUCACCCAUGAUGAGCGUCCCCAUGGCCAACAGAUUGUCUUCAAGGACUGAGCUUUGACCUUUCUCUGUCUUCCACCUGCCACCAGAACACAGUUCCUCUCUCUCUCCCUCCCCUUCCCUGACUUUUGCCCCCGGCUUUGCUGGCCAAGUCGUGGGUCCUCUUCUUGUCCCUUUUCCAUUCUUUUGCAUCUCACUGCUAAUGGCACGGUACAUUCCAGCCCCUUCCUCAUUCACAACUCUUCAGAAGGCCUACAUUUGUCCCCUCAUCCCAUCCUUUUCCUGCUAUCUUCCCUCUCCAGCUGGUUUAUAAUGAUUUAGAAUUCCCUUUUUUUUCUUUCUUUCUCUCUUUUCAGCACAUUGUACAUGCCAAAGUGUCAUGCCAGCCGUUCCUGACACCUACCAUGUUCUGAGCCGCCUCCCCGUUGUGCAGGGUAGUUUCUCUCCCUCCUCCUUCCCCCACCCCUUUAACUUUGUACUAGGCUGGCCUGGGCUUACACCAGCUCAGCCAUCUUCGCAAUCUAUUUCAUAUUAUUUAUUUUAAUUUUCUAUUAAAUUAUUGGAAUAAAGUUGA